CCCGCGGCCGGAUCGUGAGUGAAGGCACCCCUACUCCUACUGCGCCAUGUCCUCCUCGCCUGCCUUCGGCGGGCUCCCGCUCGAGCUGAACACCGUCGUGCUGUACUUCGCUGCAUCCGUUGCUGUCGUCCUCGCACUACGCGGAUUAUGGCUGCGAAAAGCAUCCAAGAGCCCUCUACCCCCAGGUCCGAGGGGUCUGCCACUGCUUGGGAACCUGUUCGAUAUACCGCGACAGAGCGCGUGGAAGACGUUUGCUGCUUGGUCUAGGGAAUAUGGCGAUGUCGUGCACCUACGCGUCCUUGGACGACCCAUCAUCUUGCUCAACUCUGCCGAAGCGACCACCGACCUGCUAGAGAACCGCUUCGGCAUCUAUUCAGACCGCCCGGACUUCCCCCUCAUGAACCUGGUCGGCCAUGACAAGUGGAACUUUGGCUUCAUGCCGUAUGGCAAGCAAUGGCGCGCUCUGCGACGUUUGUUCAGCAGCAAGUACGCGUCUCCCGCCGCACUGCAGAUCUUCUACGAUUCGCACCGGGCGACCAUGGGCCGCCUCCUGCAGAACCUCAUGCGCGACCCCGAAAGCUUUUCGGAACACCUCAGGCUUCGAUCGGGCCAACUGAUCAUCGACGUCACGUACGGGAUCAUGAUUGAGAACGUCGAGGACCCGCUGCUGAAGACGGCGGAGGCUGUCAUGGACGUGACCUCCGUCGCGCUCAGCCCGCCGAUGUGGCUCAUGAACCCAUCAGCAAUCAUGCAGUUCAUUCCAAGAUGGCUUGGGGGUUCGGCGGUCUCCCUGCAGCUGCAACGCUGGCGGCAGGACCUCGAGGACCUGCGGAACGUCGCGUUCGAUACGUGCAAAGAGCGAUUGAGCAAGGGUCUUGCGAAACCUUCGUACAGCGCGAGCCUGCUGCAAGAGUUGGCGCCCGCGGACGGCUCCCCAGAGGAGGGCAUGAUCCGUGAUACCGCUGCCUUGGCAUACGGAGCCGCUUUCGAGACCACUAUCAUCAGCGGGGAGGUAUUCCUGCUCGCCAUCGCGCUGCACCCGGAGGUACAGGCGCGCGCCCAGGAGGAGAUCGACCGAGUUGUUGGCACACACCGCCUGCCCGACUUCGUCGACCGCGAUCGCCUGCCGUAUGUGACCGCGAUCAUGAAGGAGAUCCUGCGGUGGCACCCGCCAGCGCCCACCGGCAUCCCGCACUUGCUGAAGGAGGACGACGUGUACCGGGGGUACCACAUCCCGAAAGGCUCGAUCGUGAUGGGCAACGUUUGGGGGAUUACGCACGAUCCAGCAAAGUACCCGGACCCUUUUGCGUUCAAGCCUGAGCGGUACCUCGCCGCCGACGGCUCGUUCGACUGCAGCACGAAUGACCCGAGCCGAUAUGUCUUCGGCUUCGGCAGACGGGUAUGCCCGGGCAAGUUCCUCGCGGAGGACUCGACGUGGCUCACUGUGGCGCAAUUCCUUGCCGUUAUGUCUGUGACAAUCCCUGCGGGCUGCGCACCGCCCAAGGUUGAGUUCGUCUCUGGGGCCAUCUCGCGGCCGGUGCCGUUCAAGUGCGAGAUCCGUCCGCGGUCAGCCGCGGCGGCCCAGGUUAUUGAGUCUUGCGUGCGGGAGUAAGACUUUGGAAGAGUGUCUGUCGCUCUGGAUCCUGUAUGUUCCUACCAUCCUAUUAUUAGUUGUAUUGUGCUCUUGCCCCGUAAUGCUAGAGAAGUCUUCG